AUGCACAGAGAUUCGUUUUGGCAUCUCCACAACUUGAUAUCUGGUGACCCGAUUUUUGUUUCGACCAGCAACCGUCCUCAACGCCCUGUCUAUUACCAACUAGCCACGUUCUUAUGCCGUUUGGGUGCCGAGAGUGGGCUCAAAACUGCGGGCGUGAUGUCAAUUGCAGAGGGUUCAGUAUACAUCUAUUGCUAUCGAGUUUGCCAAGCAAUUCAGAAUAUCCGAAGUGCUCAUCUAGCUUGGCCAGGCGAGCAACGGAGGCAGUUUCUCUCUGCAGAAAUGGCUGGCUGGGGUUUUCCUGGUUGUAUUGGCAUUGCUGACGGCAGUUAUAUUUGUCUCGAAAACAAACCAACAGAGAAUGGGUUUGCAUAUUGGUGCCGCAAAAAGUUUUAUGCAGUA